AUGUUUUGGCUUGUAAUAUCUAUUAUUCUUGGAAUAAUAUCAUAUAUAAUUUACAAAAAAUACAUUAAACCAGUGGAACUUAUUUCAAAUGUCCUUCCAUACGAUCAUGCUAUAAUAAUCGGAGGCAGUCUUGGAGGAAUGGUUACUGCUGCAUAUUUAUCAAAAUAUUUCAAACGAAUAACAAUUAUUGAAUCCGACAAUGUAUUAAAUGAUACAUUAAUGAAAUCUACACCCAGUGAAAUCUUAGAUUAUCGUUGUCGUCUUGAGAGUCCAACAUCAAUAGGACGUUCAGGUGUUAGUCAAAUAUAUCAGUUACAUGUGCUUGAAUGUGAAGGACGCAAAAUAGUAAAUGAAUUAUUUCCUCAAUUUCAAGAGAAAUUAUUCAAUGAAUAUGAUGUUCGACUGUAUUCAUUGAAAGACGAAGGAAGAUUCGUUACUAAUGGUGUUGUAUUAGAUCAGAAUUUAACUGAAGAUUUUCUUUGGUUAGGUGCUGAUCGCUUUACAUUAGAAGUAGUUUUGAGAAAAGAAUUAUUUUUACAAUAUGGACAUAAGCUUGAAUGGAAAUCUAAUACAAGAGUAACACAAUUAAUUGUCGAUCAAUCAUUAAAUAUUGUUAAAGGUGUAAAAUAUCGAUCUAAGGAAAAUAUAGGUUCAUCAUUAGUGGACAUGUAUGGUGAUUUUAUUAUUGAUUGCACUGGUCGUAAUACAUCAUCAAUCAAAUGGUUAAAAGAAAGUCUCAAUUUAAUUGUACCAACUCGACAAAUACAUCUUGGUAUUGGGUAUGUUACAUUUAUUGGUGAAAGACUUCAAAGUGGAGAUUCCUCGUUGGAUUCAUUGCCAAUGAUUGGUAUCACAGCCAAUUCUCCCGAAAAAAAUACAGGCUGCUUUAUAAGUCCAAUCCGUAUGAAAAAAACUACGGAUAAAAAUUCAUUAGGUACAUUAUCAACGAUUGCAAUUCAUUGUGUUAAUUUCGAAUAUCCACCAAAUGAUUCGUAUGAAAAUUUAUUAGAAUGGGCAAAAGAAAAUUUGACUCCAGAGCUUUAUUUGAUAUUAAAAUCGACAAAAGUAUGUAGUCCAUUAGUGCCAUAUCGACGGGCAAUCGAUGAUCGAAAAUAUGUUGAAUUAUUAGGUAAAAAAUGGCCACAAAAUUACAUAUUAUUAGGUGAUGCGAUGUGUACAUUUAAUCCUCAAUACGGACAAGGUAUGACACAUGCAUGUAGACAGGCCAGAGAAUUGGACAAAAUAUUUGCCGCAAAUUGUUAUAAGUUAAAAGAUAUUUCUCAUAUUUUUAACCGUCGUGCUUCUGCAAUUAGUGACGAAUGUUGGCUUCUUUCCACUACAAGUGAUUGGAAAACACCAACAUUAAAAGUGAUAGAAACUGAUAUAAAUGGUAAUAUUAAAAUUUAUGAACGAAAUAAUCAUUCUACUGGUACUAAUUACUCUCAACCGCGAAUACCUUUAAUGAUUAAGUUUUUACAAUGGUAUACUCAUUGGUUUUUUCAAUGUGCAUCGAAAUCGGGAAAAUUAUCUACGGAUUUUUAUCGUAUCAUGAAUCAGCAAAGUAGUACAUCUAUAUUAUUGAAACCAACAACAUUCUUAGCAGUCUGUCGUACUGCAUUGAUGAAUUAUUUUAAUUUAUCUAAAUAA